AACAAUUUUUUAAUAAAAUUUUACAAAAAAAUGGAUACACAAAUAUUUUCACUAGAAGAUAUUAAUGGAAGUACUUCUAAUUUUGUAGAACAUAUUGAUGACCCAAAUAAUUUUAAUGAAAAAAAUCAACUUAAUUUAUCCGAACCUGCACAUUCUCUUUUGCGUUAUUUUCAAUAUUCUCGUGGGGAACCUUUUGGAACAUGUAGAUUAUGUCAAAAAGAGAUUAGAAGGACACAAGGAAAUACAAAUGGAAUGACUAAACAUUUAAUGAGACAUCCAAAUAUUUUUGAAGAAUUUUCAACAGCUAAAAGUGCUAUGCCUCCUUCAACUAGAAUGUUAAAGAACGAAAAUUCUACCCCUCUGAAGAAAACAAAAAUAAAUGGACAAAGUGAAAAAGGUUUGGAUAAUAUUGGGAACACAAUUUUGAGUGAAGAUUAUAAUGGAAUUGAUGAAACAAUAAUUGAUUUGUCUAAACCCCCUCAUUCACUUCUUCGUUAUUAUCAGUAUGACAGAGGUGAUCCAUCAGCAAUUUGUAGAAUUUGCCAAAAACGGAUUAGUCGAAAGAAGGGAAAUACAAAAGGAACAACUAGACAUUUAAUGCUUCAUCCAAGCAAUUUGCUAUAG